GCUGUGUGUGUGUCUCCGUGUUUUCCAGGGUAACCAGAUGACCCUGGUGUUCAUGGAGAGAGAAUACUCUUCACCUGAAGAACCACACCUGGGGAUAGUCCACAUGGUAGAGGGAAGUUUCCGCCACGCCCGGACGGGCAACGUGGUGUCUAGAGAGGAACUGAUGAUGGUUCUGUUGAAGUUAGAGUCUCUCCAGAUCAGAGCUCUCCACUCCCAGUCUGCCCACACUGUGUCGCUACGCGGGGUCGUGCUGGAGGGAGCGCAGACCCUGCCCACGGGGCGACACGCCAACAACGUAGAGAUCUGCCUCUGUCCCGCUAACUACCAGGGAGACUCCUGCCAGCAAUGUUCUCCAGGGUACUACAGAGACACUAAAGGUCUGUUCCUGGGGAGGUGUGUUCCCUGCAACUGUAAUGGCCACUCUGACCAGUGUCUGGACGGGUCUGGAGUCUGUGAGAACUGUCAACACAACAGGGCUGGCGACCACUGUGAGAAAUGUCAAGGUGGUUUCCAUGGUAACAACUCUCGAGACGGACAAUCCCUCUCCUGUGACACCUGCCCCUGUCCUCUGCAGGUGUCCUCCAACAAUUUUGCAGUGGGCUGUGUGGAGAAACUCAACAGAAUGCAGUGUCUGUGUAUGCCUGGCUACGCUGGACCCCAGUGUCAAAGGUGUGCUCCCGGUUUCUACGGCAACCCCAUGGUUAUUGGCAGCGCGUGCCAGCCCUGCCAUUGCCACGACAACACGGACCCCAACAUGCUGUUCAGCGACUGUGACGGGCUGACGGGCGAGUGUCACAGCUGCAUGCACAACACCGCCGGGGCGCACUGUGAGAUCUGCGGCCCCGGUUUCUAUGGUGACGCCGUCACUGCCAGGAACUGCACCAGAUGCAACUGCUCUCCCUGUGGCACAGCUUCAUGUGACCGUCACACAGGACAAUGUCAAUGUAAACAAGGUGUGACCGGACCACACUGUGACCGCUGCCAGGACGGUGCGUUUGGCUAUGAGUCGUGCUCCGGGUGUCGUCGCUGUGACUGUGACGCCUCGGCGGCCCUAGUCCAACCGUGUGACCCCAGGACCGGGUCAUGUGCCUGCCAACCAGGGAUCAGUGGCCCUAACUGUCGCCAGUGUGCCCCUGGGUACUGGGACUACAGCCCUGAGGGAUGCAGGAAGUGUCAGUGUCAGCACGGGCGCUGUGACCCUCGGACAGGGGACUGUCGCUGUGGAGACGGCCUAACAGGCAGACAGUGUGACAGCUGUUCCCAUAGAUACAAUGUUCCCGUACAGCACGGACGCGACAUGACCUGUGAACCAUGUGACAGCUGUGUUGUAGUCCUGUUGAAGGAUCUAGACGAUAUGAAUGACAACUUUGGCUCAGUGGCUCAUCACCUGAUCAACCUAAGCGUCUCCUCUAUCCCCUGGGCGCAGCUACACAACCUCAGCAGCUCCGUGAACGAUAUCGCUAAUGCCAUAGAGAACUACAGCGAUACUCUGGAUGAGAGCAGCAAUAGAGUGGACAUGUUGGAGGGAGAGUUCAUCAACAUCAAUUCAGACAUCAAUGACCUGGAGGGGAAGGUGGUGGCGACAGCAGACAAAGCAAACACUCUGGAGGACAGCGGCACUGACACGCAUCAGAGAGCCCGGGACCUGCUCUCGCACAUCAAGAGCAUCAUGGGCAAGGUGAAAGACCUCAUGCUGCAGGCAAAACGUAUGGUUCUGAAUGAGACAGAAGUGGAGCAGGAAGACCUCUCUAAGAAGAUUCAGCAGGUGGAGGCCAUGCUGAGAGAGAUGAGAUUCAGGAGCUGUGUCGGCCAGAAGAAGAUAGCCGACAGGGAGCUGUCCGAGGCUGAGAAACUGCUGGAGAAGGUGAAAGACCAGCUGGUGAGUCGUGUGGUGGAGAACGAGGGCUUGGAGAAGAACAUCAGGGAGAGUCUGGGGAAGUUCCACGACCAACUGAUGGACCUGAGGGACGCUCUGAACCAGGCAGUUAACAACACGGCCGUCGCCUCCGAUACGAACGCUGUUAAUGAGAAGAGGCUGGAGGACUGCCGGCAACAAGUGGAUGAGCUGAAUGUGAAGAACAAGGAGGUGGAGAAUCUCCUGCAGAUGGCAGAGGAUGACGUGGCCGCUGUCAAUGACAUGCUGUCCAUGCUGCACAACUCCAAGGAGGACUAUGAGCGUCUGGCAGCCCAGUUGGAUGGUUCCAGGAUGCCCUUGGCAGAGAAGGUGCAGAAGUUUUCCCCCUCCGUCAGUAAGAUACCCCUGGUGGAGGCAGCAGAGAAACAUGCUGAACUACUCAAUGAGCUGGCCAUGAACCUCGCCAGUGUGAUCUCCAACACCAACAAGGAUGGUUUCAUCCAGCGAGCGGUGAACGCGUCCCGGGCGUACUCCGACCUCGUCGACGCCGUCAGAGCCGCUGAGACUGCUGCCAACCAGGCUGCUAUGGACGCACUGGCGAAUGUACAGGAUCAGGACCUGGGCCAGACAGCUAAAGGUCUGAGGAAACACAGUAUUGAACUGGUGAACCAGGCUGUCAAACUACAGGAAGAUGUCAGUAAUGAUUUGAAACCUCAGCUCCAGGGUGCAAAGACUCGUCUGGAUGAGGCCAGAGACAAACAGGAGACUCUACUGAACGACCUCGAGAUGGUGCAGAGUAGCCUCAACUUCAGUCGAGGUAAGACAGCGAGUGACAUUGAGGAGGCGAAAGCAUCAGCGGAGGAGGCCAACAGAACUGCAGCGAGAGUGAAGGACACCCUGGUCCCUCUCAAGGAGCAGCUGGACCAAUGGCAGCAGCAGUACGGAGACGCCAACACCAACAACAAUGACAUCCACAAGGCCUUCCUGGAGGCCAACACCUCUGUGGGUAUGUUGGGCGAGGCCAUCCCAAUACUGAUGAAGAAGCUGGACAAGCUGCAGAACCACUCAGCCCAGAUGCCCAACAUCUCAGAGAACAUCCUCAGGAUCAGACAGCUCAUCGCUGAGGCCCGCAAGGCAGCCAGCAAGGUGAGCGUACCUGUGAAGUUCAACGGGACAUCAGGUGUGCAGGUGCGCACCCCCAGUAACCUUGCAGAUCUGGCAGCUUACACCUCCCUCAAGUUCUACAUCACCCUGCCCGAGGCCUCACGCGCCCGCAGACAGGACCAACCAGACAAACAGUUUGUCUUUUACCUCGGAAACAAGGACUCCAGUAAGGAGUUCAUGGGAAUGAUGCUGGAAGGGCAGAGACUGCACUGGCUCUUCAAUGUGGGUGGAGACACGACCGAGGUGGAGAUGCCGGAAGAUGUCCAAACAGAUGGAAACUUCAACAACGUGGUCCUGGAAAGGAUCCUUCAGUACGGUCAGAUGGCCAUGACUUCGGAGACCAGGGUGACCAAGGCUGUGGUGGAUGCAGUAGGGGACAGCGGACUGCUCAACCUCCAGACUGAAGAGACUGUGUUCUAUGUGGGAGGGUACCCUGACACAUUCACGCCCCCUCUCCAGCUCCAGUUGCCCAACUUCAAGGGCUGUAUUGAGCUGGAGACCCUGAAUGAGGAGGUGCUCAGUCUCUAUAACUUUGAGAACAUCUUCCAACUCAACACCACCGAGGAGAAACCAUGUGGAAGAACGAAGCCGGUGUUGACCCAGCAGUGGGUGAACGACGCGGCCUACUUUGACGGGACGGGCUACGCAGAGGUCACCUUGAAGGAGGAUGCAGGGAAGAUGCAGCGCUUUGAACAGGAAGUGAAACUGAUGAGUCACAACGGCAUCUUGCUCAUGCUCCUCAGCCAGGAGAAGUUCCUGAGCUUGGCGGUGCGUCGGGGACGUCUCAGGGUCUUCUAUGGCGUCACUGGUUCUCUACAGGAGCUGGAGCCUAAAGAUCCAGACUCCCCUUUCCUCAAGAUCAGCGACGCAGAACCCAAAUCUUUGGAGAUCAUCCUCCUCUACGAUACGACCACGCGUGUUGUGGUGAGGAACAACCGCCAAACCCUGCUCAACUACGUCUUCACUACGCCACUGCAAAAGCUUGAAGCCAGCUACUACCUGGCUGGUGUACCAGAGGACAAGAUGCCUGAAAACCUGAAGGCCCUGUUCCCUCGCCAGGGCUCUCUGAAGGGCUGUUUUAGGAACGUCAAGGCCAUGAAUUCACACAUCGACCUGAAGAGGAUGCCCAGCUCUGGGGUCAGCUACGGCUGUGCCAAUGACCUCCUGGUGGCUCGUGAGGCCCACUUCUCAGGCCAGAGUUACCUGGACUUGUCUCCAGACAGCAUCCCUGGUCUCAGGAACAACUUCUACGCCGGGUUUGGCUUCCGCUCUGACCAGAAGAACGGACUCAUGUUCUACCACCAAGCUCAGGACGGAGUAUGUCAGGUGUUCCUGGAUAAGGGUCAUGUGGUAGUGAGGGCGGGCGACAACGAGGUGAAGACUCAAAAGACCUACAACGAUGACAACGAUCACUAUGUAACACUGUACAGCAACAACAACAGGUUGCGUGUCUAUGUGGACGACGUCCUGGAGAAGAAUGGGGAUACGGGUCGUGGAGGGGGCAGCAGCGAGGCAGCACUGUCACCUGGUGGUGUCUACCUGGGAGGGACACCUGACAACAGCCUCAACAACCUCACCGGCUGUCUUAGCAACCUGUUCAUCAGGAGAGACAAGCCUUCUCAGAUGGUGAUGAAUCUGAUGAAUGCUAACGAGAACAUCAACGUUCCUCUAGACUGUCCCGCUGCCAAUAAACCUCAACACAUCCUGGCCACACCGCCACGACAAAAGCAUGUUAAGGGUAAACACAGGAAGCCUGCGGGUGGUGGUGGGUCAGUGGGCGGAGUCGCAGUGGCAGGGGUCCUGCCAGGGGACCUAGCCAAUCAGGAGGAGGUUGGAGCUCUGCACUUCAGUGGCUCCUCCCACAGCCACCAGCGCUACGACAGGCUACCAGAGGUCUUCAGCAGGACGCCUCACAUCUCCAUGGGUCUACGGGUGAACUCUUCAGAAGGCCUGGUGUUCUAUGUGUCUGGAUCAGGAGAACGUAGCAGAUCUGCGAUGACCCUGUCGGUCUCCGACGGACACCUGCUGCUCCUCAUCGACGGAGGGAAGAGGAAGACUAGCAUCCGCUCGCGCAGGAAGUACAACGAUGGACAGUGGCACACGUGUGUGUUUGUGAAGAGGGAGGGAGAGAUGGCCAGUUUGAUUGUUGAUGGGAUCAAUGCCCAGUCUAAGAGAGUCUCGGGAGGGGAGCAGACCCCCCUCAGUUCCCCUCUCUACAUCGGAGGAGUUCCCUCAGCAGUCACCAGCUCACUUCUCACGGUGCCAGGUCCUGGAGGGUUUGUGGGCUGUGUGAGGGACCUGGAGCUGAAUGAGGAGAGCAUAGCCAAUCCCUCAACAAGUCUGGGGGUUGUUCCUUGCUUCCAGACCACUCUGCAGCCUGGGGUAUACUUCUCCUCCCAGGGAGGACACAUGGCUAUAGGUACAGUAUACCUCCUCUCCUCCCAGGGAGGACACAUGGCUAUAGGUACAGUAUACCUCCUCUCCUCCCAGGGAGGACACAUGGCUAUAGGUACAGUAUACCUCCUCUCCUCUCCUCCCAGGGAGGACACAUGGCUAUAGGUACAGUAUACCUCCUCUCCUCCCAGGGAGGACA